CGUCGUCAUCCUGCUCUUUCUUGCCCUUUUUGUGAGCCUCUCCCACUGAUCCCACACUCUGCCCUUCUCUGUGCCCCAGGAAGCCGAAUCCUAUAGACUCAUAUCACAGCCUCUUUUGCCACUGGUUUCCUGAUUGGCUUAGCCAGAAGGAGGCACAGCCUAGAGCUCAGAGCACAGCAUGUUUCUUUCCCUUCUCUCUUUUUCUAACUCCCACCAACAGCUCUUCAACACAGCCCAUACCUGGAGUGUUUAUUAAAAUUACAAAUUCUGGGAAACCUACUCCUGUCUCUUUCUGAGGAAAACAGCUGUAGGUUUUAGCUUGGACACCGAGAUGGGUUUAGGAUAAUUACCUGACCAUUGGAGAUAAUUGCAUAGGGUAACUGACAACCUGUGUGAUGGCCCAGCCACCAAAAUUACAACCAGAAUGGGAAAUGAUAGUUAGUGAGGCAAUCAAAUGCUCUUGCCAUAAAAAAAAAUCAAAUAAAAAAUGCUAAGGAAGUUACUGAAGAGGUAGAAAGAGAAAAGAAACCCCACAAAGAGAAUCAGGCAGUGAGAGCAUGGACGUGGUCAGACUGAGGGUGGACCGGUGACCAGCGAUGCAGCACUAAGGGAGGAGCAGUGUCCCUGGAUCCAGCAGACAGCCUGAAUGAUGUCUGUUCUUACCUUCUAUCGAGAUUUCUAUCUGCUCUCACUCAUCAGCUCCCCGGUGACACAAGCAAUCACUGCACGUGCCGGCCCUGGACAGACACGUUUAACUGGAUUGAGGCUUCUCCCAGUUGUUAGAGAAGGAGUGCUAAGCCACAAGGAAGUGAAACUGUCUCCACGCUGGUCUUCCAGUAUUUACUCUUUAGCACGUUGCUCACGCUGAGGCCGGGGUGAGUGUUCCAAAACGUCAAUCUAACUCCAUUAACGGCCUUACUGAAGAUCCGCAAGUGAUUUUCCACUCCUUUGACACAAAGUGAAGAUGUCCUGCCAUGGCCUACUAGUCCAUGCAGAGCCUGGCCAUUGUGCUUUCUUUUCAGCCUCCGAUGGAGCCACAUGGCCUGUUGGUUUCUUCGAUCCAAUCUCACUGGCCUACCUCCAGCCCCUGCUGACCCCCGCACUCCCUUCUGUCACAGGAUAUGGGAUGGGGAUAUUGCUUCUGCCUACAGAUGGGUGAGCUCUCGCCCCUUCACCUAGUUAACUCCGACUCAUCACCAAGUCUUCUUCCCCAGGGACACCUCAAUGACUGAUUCCACCCUCAGGCAUCUGCUUCAUUUGAUCAUGUUGAUGGUGAAACAGUCACUCUUCAUGUUGACUACUUCAUGGAUAUCUCACUAAACUCCCUGUACAUCAAGGUUGUGGCUGCUUUUGUUCACUAUUGGAUCCUGCUGCACAGCCUGACCUAGAGUAAAACUCAAAUCCUGGAUGCAAGAGUUGAAUGUGUGAACAGCACAGCAGAAAAGUUCUCAUGAAAGUGCCAUUGUGUGGUUGUCAUGCAGUGAGCAACCACAGUAACAGUAGGCAGGUGACUGUUUCUUAGGAAGUGCCCACACACAACAAGAGCCUGAGACCGGACAAUGGGCGGCUGUAUGCACAGUACCCAGGACCAAGCACUCCAAUCGGAAGGGGAGCCCAAUACGUCUGCAGCUGCAACAUCCACUGUAGCAUCCAGGAAAAUGCCACAAAGCAUUUCAACAUCCAAACAACUCACUUCAAUAAAAGCUCUGGAGAAGGGCUCAGAUCUGGAAAAAGCCAUUGCCACGGCUCUGAUUUUCAGGAACUCUUCUGACCCGGAUGGUAAACUUGCAAAAACUACUGCCAAACAUCUUCUACAAACCCAAUUUAGCAAUUUCACAGAGGGACAAGAAACCAAACCAAAAUACAAAGAAAUCCUUGCUGAACUUGAUGAGCAGACAGAAAAUAAACUCGACUUUGAGGACUUUAUGAUCUUACUCUUAAGCAUCACUAUUAUGUCAGACUUGCUACAAAAUAUAUGGAGUGCAAAAACUACAAAAUAAAAUAGCUUUAAAUAUACAAUUAUAUACAAUAACAGUAAAAAACAGUACUAAAAUAUUAAAGAUUUUUCCAUCUGAUUUUGAUGAGUUGAAUCUACUGAUCAUAUACUAGUGAUGGUUAUGAUUGCAGAUGCUCAGAUCCAAUAUAACUAAACAUCUGCAUUUGCUCUUCAGGACUGUUUGAACAUAUGGCCCCUGGAUGAGAUGAUAGAUUUGAUACCAAUGAAUACCUUGCUUUUGCUGAGUCCAUCAUGACCUAGCACAUUGUUAUAAUCACUGAGUCAUUCAUUCAUUCAUUCUUACGUUCAUUAAAUGACAUUUGUUGAACAUCUGCUUCAUGGAACACAAUCAUGAACUGGCUCGACCCUCCCUUUCCUCAGAUGUGCUUGCAAAAGCCUAGCAGAAGAGAUGAACAUUGAACAACUCUUCUGUCAAAUGCAUAUACAGUGAAAUGAUCAUUAUGAUAAGGACUAUAGGAUACUAAAAAAGAUUAUCACCUGUGUUCGAAGGUCAGAGCUUUACUGACAUUCCCUAAAAGGCAACAAAAUAUUGCAGCAGCAUCCAGGCCUACUAAAUGAGUUUGUCCACACACGUGUACAAGUGGACAUUUAAGGGGCAUGUAAAUGUCUCCCACAUUGAUUGUGGUAGAUGCAGGGCUGCAUGCAUUCAUCAAACUCUUAGA